CGCUCCACGGGGGUGGUGGUCAAGACCAUCCUGCCGGGGGGCGUGGCGGACAGGGACGGACGCCUGCAGUCUGGGGACCACAUCCUCAUGAUCGGCGCCGUCAGCCUGCGGGGCCUCGGCAGCGACCAGGUGGCGUCGGUGCUGCGGCAGAGCGGCAACCACGUGCGCCUCAUCGUGGCGCGCCCCAUGGAGCACCCCACCGGCCCUCCCCUCCAGCCCGGGCGCAUCGCCCCCGUGGUGGAGACGCGCGUGCUCAAUGACCCCGAGGAGCUGGACCGCAAGCUGCAGCUGCUGCAGGGGGGGCUCGACCCCCCGCAGAUAGCCGUGCUGCCCCCCGACGCGCCCCCCACCGUCACGGUACAGAGGGAGCUCGACCCCCCACUGCCCCCCGACACCGUCAUCCCCAUCAUCCUGCAGCAGACCCCUGAUAUGGUGGCUGAUACGCUGCAACAUGACGACCUGUUGCUGCAACAACAACAGUUGCAACAGCAGCAACAACAACAGUUGCAGCAGCAACAGCAACAACAACAGUUACAACAACAGCAGCAACAGCAGUUGCAGCAACAGGUGCCUGUUUCUGCAGUGUCAAAGACGGUUGCCCUACCCCCCGAGACUGCGCCCCCUGCCCUCCACCCUGCUGGGGAGGUCAAUGGGGACGCCUCAGACCCCCCCACCGAGGAGGAGUGUGGAGAUGGCCUGGAGCUGCCGGAGAUGGAGGUGGUGGAGCUGGAGCUGGUCAAGGACAAGCAGGGACUCGGCAUCACCAUCGCUGGAUACGUCUGUGAGAGAGAGGAGCUGUCUGGCAUCUUCGUGAAGUCCAUCAGCCCGGGCAGCGCCGCCGACCGCAGCAACAGCGUCCGCCUCAACGACCAGAUCGUCCAGCGGGUGCUGGGGGCGACGGGUGCUGUGGUGGCGCUGAGGCUGGCCAGGUACCUGCGGGGGCCCAAGUACGAGCAGCUGCAGCAGGCGAUCGCCAACAGCGAGCUGCGCACCACCCCCAGCACCCCCAACCCCCCCUACAGACUCAUCCAGGGGGAGGACGACCCCGCGACGGAGGAGGCCCUGAGGACAGCUCUGGGCCACGUCACCCACACCGCACCCUACAUACCGUACGGGCCGCCCCCCAGCCUCCCCCUGGCGGGGGUGACGCAGGACGAGUCCUCCACCGACGCAGACGUGGCGCGCAAGAACCGUCUCAACGCCGCCCCCCUCCCCCCCACUGAGGGGGACUACCCCCCACUCCCUGGGGACUUCCCCCCCGUGGGGGAGGGGGACUUCUCUGGCCCCCUGUCCCCCGCCGUCGAGGCCGCCAUCGUCAGCAAGUGGGCCCGCGUCAUGGGGCCCGACAUGGACAUUGUCGUGUGCCAGCUGAGCAAGUUCGAGUGGGGCGGGGGGUUGGGGGUGUCGCUGGAGGGGACGGUGGACGUGGAGGGGGGGAGGGAGGUGCGCCCCCACCACUACAUCCGCUCCGUCCUCCCCCAGGGCCCCGUGGGGAGGAGCGGCGUGCUGCGCAGUGGGGAUGAGCUGCUCGAGGUGAACGGGAGGACGCUGCUGGGGCUGAACCACGUCGAGGUGAACGGGCGGACGCUGCUGGGGCUGAACCACGUGGAGGUCUUGCCCCCUCCCCAUGACCCCCCCUUACCUCCCCAGGUGAACGGGAGGACGCUGCUGGGGCUGAACCACGUGGAGGUCUUGCCCCCUCCCCAUGACCCCCCCUUACCUCCCCAGGUGAACGGGAGGACGCUGCUGGGGCUGAACCACGUGGAGGUGGUGGUCAUCCUCAAGGAGCUGCCCAGGGACGUGCGCCUCGUCUGCGCCAGGAGGCGUCAGGGGGACGAGGACCUGCCCCCCACACUGGGGGACCCCAGCUCCUCCCACGCUAAGGGUCUAGGCGGGUCCCUGCAGAGCCUCGUCACCUCGUCCGAGCGCCUCGUCAAGGCCAAGAGUGACGGCUCCCUCGCCUCGUCUGCCGGGACGCCCUCGCACCCUCUGGGGCGGGCCAAGUCGCGCAGCCUGGAGCCCCUGACGGGCCUGGCCAUGUGGGCGUCGGAGCCCAACGUCAUCCUCCUGCAGAAGGGCGACCGCGGCCUGGGCUUCUCCAUCCUGGACUACCAGGACCCCCUGAACCCCCAGGAGACGGUGAUCGUGAUACGGUCGCUGGUGCCCGGGGGCGUCGCGGAGAAGGACGGCCGCCUCAUCCCCGGGGACCGUCUGGUGGCCGUUAAUGGCACGGUGCUGGAGGGGGCGACGCUGGACGAGGCCGUCGCCGCCCUCAAGGGCGCCCCCCGGGGGCCUGUCGAAAUCGCCGUCGCUAAGCCAAUCAGCGUCCUCGAGUCUCCGGGUCGGCUGGACGCCAUCUUGAGGGACCUGCCCUCGUCAGACAGCGAUGCUACGCUCCCCCACACGGAGGACGAGGGGGACGAGGUCGACCUGCCCCCCCACAGGACAAAUUCGUUCCCGGUGCACGGUACUGAGCGCCUAUUGGAUAGCGGUAAAGCCACGCCCACCGCUCCCGAUGCUCCUAAUGGUCAUGUUGCUACACCCAUUGGAGGGAUCUCAUCACCCGCUUCUAUUGGCUCUAGGAAGUCUUCUCUGAUUGGUGUUCCCAAGAGCUCACCUGUUAUUGGCUCGAAACAGUCAUCUGCCAUUGGUGCACCUUCAAGCUCGCCUGUUAUUGGUUCUGCCGCUGUGGUUGAACCCGGCAAAGUCAUCUCGACUUCGUCAUUGGCCAGCGUGAAGUUUGCGCCCCUCCCCGCCGAGCUGCACAGAACCCUGCGCUUCAAGAAGGGCGCCCAACCGUUGGGCGUGGACUUGGACGUGUCGGGAGGUUGGGCCAUCAUCACGGGGGUUGUGCCCGGAGGAGCGGUGGACAAACUCAACCGCGAGCGCCCCACCUGCUCCGACUCCAUGCGGGGGGUGGGGGGCCUGGAUGGCCUCGCCAGCGCCGUGCUGGGGCCCGAGGACCCCAAUGUCGUCAUGACGGCCGCGGGGUCCCGCAUACAGGACAACCUCAUUAAGGUGGGGGAUGUGCUCAUCUCCAUCAACGGGGAGCCAGUGGGGGGUCUGGACGAAGCGGGGGUGCGGGAGGUCCUCACCCACGUAGGAGUGGGGGAGGUGAGCCUCGUGUUCGUCCCCCGCGAGGACGCGGAAGUCUUCCACCACACCCACCAGCUGCUGGGGGAACAUCAGCGCCAGAUCAAGGCGCGUAAGCUGGACCCCACUGAGGUGCCCAAGGACAGCGAGCCCACCACGAAGAUCAUCCCCAUCAGCGAGUACGGGCCCACCCUCACCUCAACCGUCCUGCACACCCCCACACCCACCUACGUCCUGCCCCACCUCGCCUCCUACUGCGACCCACCAGACGAGGCCGCCCCCCACGAGGGCUCGACGGUGAUCAGCGUCCAGCACCCCGCCCCCCCUCCUGGAGUCUCCCCCAGGCCUCCCCCAGAGGAGCCCUUCACCAUCACCUUCAGGAACGUGGCUGAGGCCCCCCUCCCCCGCCCCCCCUCAUCCCUCCCCCCAUGCCUGCCCCACGACCACAACGCGGCCUCAGCUGUGGGAGCGACCACCACUCCCCCAGACUCCCAUGCAAGUGUAAGUUGUGCACACGUGGGCCCCCACAUCACCCACUUCAGCACCCACGACCUGCUCUCCCAUGACUUACUCACCGAGAAUUUACUCACCCAGAACCUGCUCACCCACAACCUCAUCGCCCAGAACAUCUUAGCCAAGGACGGCGAAACUGAACGCAUCCUCGAACAAAGUCUGCUUACAAAUCAACUACAGACCAAGGAACGGAUAGACUACCUCGACCGGGAGACUAGUUCCUACCACAACCAGCAGCAACCAUUGCAUCUACCACCACACAACCAGCACCCGUCUACCAGACGGGCGCGGCUGGUGACAGAAGCCGUUGGUAACAAGGGGACCAGCGAAUGUUCGGACUCGAGUGGUGACAGAUCAAGUUCUUUGUUCGUAGAGGUUGAUUCUGACAGACAUUCUGUCUUCAGUGACGGGACCGACAGACAGUCAUUGCCUGACAGGCCCGCAGACAGACGCGUCUGUGACGACCACCGCUUCGUGAACGGAGUGGACGGGGCCACCGAAAGUCCCCAUCAGCAAUUUUUAAACGGGGAGGUCGAGGGACUGACGUACCACCGCCGGUCCCUAAUAGGGUCCCAGUCACUAGACGAGGCGACGUAUGAGUACCCCGAUGAUGGCACGCGUCCCCAGAGGUUCAUCAUCCCCAAGCAGCUGAGUGAGAUAAUCCCCGACUCAGCGUACCUGGGGCAAACGUACCCCGGACAAAUCGCGAGCUCUGGAACUUCUUACCCUAAACCUGUGGUGGACCAGAACCACGACAUCGGUGGACCCAAACCGGCCACCACGACACAGCGGCGGUCCACCUCGUCCAUCAGCUCCUCUGGCCACCGUCGGGUCCACGUGUCCACCAGCAGCGCUGCCUCGAACGGCCCGACCAUCUCUGGCCGCCGGACCAUAGAGUGUCAGACGGACAUCAUCAUCGCGGAUGUUAAAGCUGCGUCUGGGAUACUAGCGUCGCAUCACCCACGCGCCACCACCCAGUCCGGCACCCAGACCCUACCGGUGACAGACACUCUGCCAGUCACCCAGACGCUGCCAGUCACCCAGACCUUACCAGUCACCCAGACCUCCGCUGCUCAUCGGACCUCAGCGUCGUCAGACUCAGAUUUUUAUCAGGACGCGGUCGGCGAAGAGUGUCCCGGCAGGCCUACGGCCCCUAAGCCUACUGAAUAUAGCGAUCACGAUACAAAGGUCUCUAGACCUACCGAAGUUAGACCUCCAGCCUCAUGGUCUCCGGAAUCUAGACCAUUGGAUCCUAGGCACACAGCCGCGACAAGUCAAGAGACCAAGUCUACAGUUUCUAGACCUGCUACCGCACCUAGUGUUCAGAACAACGUUCCUGCGUACUCUACCCCUACCCCUCCUUCUAACUCUAACGCUUCUUCCACCUCCACCGUCGGGUCAGGGUGUUCGGUGUCCACUUUACCUUCCAACGCUCGUAACAUUCCUGCAGCCAGAAACUUCCAAAACUCUACCACCGCCACUUCUUCCGGCCCAUUUCCGCACACUUCCUCUCCCGCUACCGCAACUUCCGGGUCUUCAGUCACUGGUUUAGCCUCACAAACGUCAGGUGUUCCUAACACCUCUUCACAACUUCCAACUUCUGGUGUCCAAUCUCAUGCAUCCGGCUCUAUACUUCCUACUUCCUGUGCUAUACUUCCUACUUCCUGUGCUAUACUUCCUACUUCCUGUGCUAUACUUCCUACUUCCGGCUCUAUACUUCCUACUUCCGGUUCUAUACUUCCUACUUCCGGUUCUAUACUUCCUACUUCCGGGUCUAUACUUCCUACUUCCGGUCUUCUCACUUCCUCUUCCUUGCCGUUUACUUCCGGCUCUUCCUCUCUUGUCACUUCAAGCUCUCCAGGAAGGAUGACGGUUGCUCAGGAGAGCGCGGGAGCGUCGUCCCCCACUGAAGGGGAGGGUACGGGGGGCGCCGCCCCCCAGGCCGCCGCCAAGCACUGGGGCCCUGAGCGCGUCGUGCAGGUAUACCGGGACCAGAACAACAGCCUCGGCAUCAGCAUCGUGGGCGGGCAGGUGGAGCUCAACUGGACGGGGUCCUUCGUGAACGGCAUCUUCAUUAAGAACGUCCUCCCGUCCUCCCCCGCCGGCAAGAGUGGACUCCUCAAGACCGGGGACCGCAUCCUGGAGGUGGAGGGGCAGGACCUGCGCAACGCCCCCCACGAGCGCGCCGUCGAGGUCAUCAAGAACACCGGCAACCCCGUCACCUUCGUCCUGCAGAGCCUCGUCAGAUGGACCCCCGCGGAGUCUGGUCCCAGUUCCCGGGACUCGAGUCGCCUGGGGGUGCGUCCCCCCACCGCCGUGCCCCCCGUGGCCCGCACCCCCACCCCCGAGCUUAUCCAGGCUGGCCUCAGUGACAGGGAGAAGCAGGAGCUGCAGGCCCUGCGCCAGGCCUCCCUCGCUCGGGGGUCCCGUGACUCCCCCAGUGAGGGGGAGGAGGAGGAGGAGGACGGGGGUGAGGCCAGUGAGGGGGAGCCCAGUGAGGCCCUCAGUGACAGGGAGGAGGGGGAGGAGGAGGAGGAGGACAGCGAGGCCGACGACAGGGAGGACCAAGGGAGGGUCGAGACCGCUGGGGGAGAACAGAUCGACAGGGCCUCAGCGGGGGCCCUCAAGAAGCUCCCCACUGACACUGAGGAGGAGGACGCCUUUGGUUACACCAGCACUGUCGAACUCUUGCUUGCCUCCACCGUGCACACAGCCUUACUCCACAACUCCCAACGUCGCACUGAUGCGGGAGCACUGUACCGGAAACAUUCUCCUCGUGUAUAG